AUGUCAGCUACUUUGCAUUCUCCGCUAUCAUCUGCAAUCUCAUCCUCCUUCACUCUUCAGGAGAGGAAAUUGCGAUUGGCCGCUCAAUCCGCAAAGGCAAGUAUUAUAUUUAGACCUCGUCGAUGUUUUCCUUUAAUCCGAGCUUCCAGUGGUUCCUCUUCUUCUCUUGACACCGGUUUGAGCACUGAAUUGGAUGCUGUGACCAGUUACAGCGAGAUUGUCCCCGAUACUGUCAUUUUCGAUGAUUUCGAGAGAUUUCCUCCAACAGCUGCCACUGUCAGCUCUUCGCUCAUCUUGGGUAUCUGCAGCCUCCCUGACACUAAAUUUAGGAGUGCUGUUGAUACUGCAUUGGCAGAUUCAAAAUGCUAUGGGUUAGAGAGCUCCAAUGAUCGCAUGUCUUGUUUCUUUAACCAGGCAUUAGUGAAUAUUGGUGGUGAUCUUGCAAAGCUAGUGCCUGGUCGUGUUUCUACAGAAGUAGAUGCUCGUCUUGCAUAUGAUACUCAUGGCAUUGUUCAGAAGGUGUACAAGCUCCUAGAAUUGUAUAAUGAAGUUGGCGUGGCUCCAGAGCGGUUGUUGUUCAAAAUUCCUGCAACUUGGCAAGGGAUUGAGGCAUCAAGAUUACUGGAGUCCGAGGGCAUUCAAACACAUAUGACGUUUGUCUAUAGCUUUUGUCAAGCUGCGGCUGCAGCUCAAGCUGGUGCUUCUGUCAUUCAGAUAUUUGUUGGUCGCCUUAGGGAUUGGGCUCGCAACCAUAGUGGUGACCCAGACAUAGAAACUGCUCUUAGAAGAGGAGAGGAUCCUGGGUUGAUCUUGGUGACAAAGGCAUACAAUUACAUUCACAAAUAUGGACAUAAAUCAAAACUAAUGGCUGCAGCGAUUCGCAACAAACAGGACGUCUUUAAUCUUCUAGGGGUUGAUUACAUUAUCACCCCAUUGAAGAUAUUGCAGUCUCUAAAGGAAUCUGUGACGCCUCCUGAUGAGAAAUACUCUCUUGUCAGAAGGCUAUCUACACAAUCUGCUGCGUCCUACAAUUUUAGUGAUAAAGAGAUUGUAAAGUGGGACCAGUAUAGCUUUGCCUCCGCAAUGGGACCUGCAGCGGUGGAGCUUCUCGCUUCUGGAAUGGAAAGCUAUGUUAAUCAAUCAAAGCGGGUUGAAGAAUUGUUUGGGAAGAUUUGGCCACCCCCAAAUGUGUAA